GAGAAGCGUCGUGAGAAGGUGCCAGCACUGUCGCGUUCUGCCCGUGCCGGUCUGCAGUUUCCUGUGGGUCGUAUUCACCGCUAUUUGAAGGAUCGCACGCAGAACCAUGUCCGUGUCGGAGCCAAGGCAGCUGUAUACUCUGCCGCCAUUCUAGAGUAUCUGACGGCCGAAGUUCUCGAGUUGGCAGGAAAUGCGACAAAGGAUCUUAAGGUCAAGCGUAUCACACCCCGUCACUUACAACUUGCUAUCCGUGGAGAUGAGGAGCUGGACUCAUUGAUUCGCGCAACCAUUGCUGGUGGUGGUGUUCUUCCUCAUAUUCACAAGGCACUUCUGUCAAAGACACAAAAGGGCCAGAAGAAGAUGGGUCCUUAA